AGUCAUGUCUACCGCCAAUGAAUAUGUACCAGUGACCGAUUUCUAUGACGGCCGCUCUGUGUUCCUGACGGGAGUCAGCGGAUUUCUCGGGAAGGUUAUAUUGGAAAAAUUGCUGUUCAGCUGUAAAAAUAUAGAUAAAGUGUACGUCAUGAUACGAGAAAAGAAAGGCGUAAGCGUUGAAGAAAGAUUUCGAGAUAUCAUUGAUUUACCGGUAUCAGUUGUAUUCCAUUCAGCGGCGAAAAUCAAAUACAAUCAGCAAUUAGACGAAGCUUUGAACAACAACUUUGAAGGAACGAGGAGAGUGCUGGAACUCUGCCGAAAAAUGCCUCGAAUAAAAUCCUUCGUCCACGUUUCGACGGCGUAUUCAAAUAUGGAUAGAGAAGUGAUCGACGAGGUCGUUUACCCCGCGCCAGCAGCUCUCAGAGAUGUCUACGCGUCCAUCAAACAGCACGGAGUUACUGACGAGAAAUUGAUACAGAAAAUACUCAAUGGGAAACCUAACACGUAUGUGUUUUCUAAAGCCCUAGCUGAGAACAUGCUAGUGGAGCAACAUGGUGAUAUACCCACAACCAUAAUCAGACCGUCCACAGUGGCCGCAGCUGUCAAUGAGCCUAUGCCUGGCUGGGUAGACAACUGGUUCGCGGUCACCGGCAUCACCCACGUCACCGGGAGUGGCUACAACAGAGUUAUCUAUGGACACAAGUCUAACAUCUUAGACGUCAUUCCAGUUGACUACGUUUCCAAUCUUGCUAUAGUUUCUGCUGCUAGAAAUAAAAAGUCUAAAGAAAUUCCCGUAUAUAAUUGCUGCAGUAGUUCUUGCAAUCCAAUCAAUUUUGGUGAACUCUUCACGUACGUUAGAGAUUACAACGUUGCUAACAAUAAUUAUGACAUGUACCCCACGCUAUUCUUCUCGGAAAAAAUAUGGAUUGUGAACUUCCUAACUUUUUUAUUACAAAUGCUGCCAGCCAAAAUCGCUGACGUAUAUUUGAAAGCGAAGGGUCAGCAGCCAAGAUACGCAAAAUUACAAUCGAAAGUGAUUCAAAUCCGGAAUCUUCAAAAUAAUUUUUCAGUAAGGUCGUGGGUUAUCAAGAGUGAACGUACGAGGUCUCUGUACUCCUCCUUGAGUCCUGAAGAUAAACAGGAAUUCCCUUUUGAUCCUAAGCUCAUCGAUUGGAAGAAGUUCUCAGCGGUGUACUGUUACGGUAUAAGACGGUUUUUGUUGAAAAAAUAAAUUAUGUUAAU